AUGGGAAAAUCCUCCAAACAAAAAGAUGACGACGUCGUUGUUGCCGUCCAGAAGCCAAAACUUCAAGCUGUCUUACUGGCAGAUCCAUUCUUGACACCCCAGCAGGGUAAAGCUUUCAAGCCAUUGACUUUGGAUGGCCCUAAGAUGCUGUGCCCUUUGAAUAACAUGGCAUUGAUUGAACACAGUCUGGAUUUUGUGGCCACACAGGGAGUCGAACAAGUCUUUGUGGUGUGCACACAAGAUGAAAUGGAAGAAUAUCUUCAGGAAACCAAAAAAAUGGUACACUUUGCCAUGGAACUUGUUGUGAUCAAGGAUACCAGUUUGACGAAUGCGGGAGACGCUCUUCGGGAGUUGUACAAGAGAAAUGUCGUCCAAAGUGAUCCGUUUUUGUUGCUCUUUGGGGAUUGUAUAACCAACAUGGAUUUGGGAAGCGAGAUGCAUGGCGCCAUGAAGGCCCAUUUGGACCGCCGCUCCAAGGACAGCGCGUCCCUCAUGACUAUCAUCCUAAAAGAAAAGCCACCAUCAUCACCUUCAGCAGUUGGCACGGGACCGGCCACGGAUGAUUUGAUUGUGGGAUUGGACAGUGACACUAAUCGUGUAUUACAAUAUGAUAACGACGCCAACAACAAGACCGUCAAGAUGCCCUGCAGUUUCUUCAAAGUCCACUCGACCAUUGAAAUCCGAGACGACCUAAUGGAUACUGGCGUUUGCAUUUGUUCACCAGAUGUACUUGGAAGAUUUGAAGAUGAAUUUGAUUACUUGCACAUUUCUCAAGACUUUGUCCAUAACUCUGUGGCGGAAGAAGAAGAAGGCUUGCAAACGCGGAUUCAUGCGCACGUUCUGCCCACCAAUACCUAUGCGGCUCGGGUAUUGGACGAAGCAACCUAUCACAGCAUUUCGAGCGAUCUACUCAGGCGUUGGUGCUACCCAGUGGUACCAGACAAUUACCACCAAUCUCGGACGGAUGAUGCUAAUUCGUUAUAUGCCAAACCCCGACGACGAUACAAGGUCGUUUCGCAAGUCCAACAUCCACCCCAACUGUUCACCUAUAGAGAAAUCACUCACCCUUCCAAGGUGGGACGUAAUGGUACCAUUACGGGUCCAGGAAUGCUGGGAUGCGGUGGUAGCAUUGCCGAAGGCGCAAAUGUCUUGGCGUCUGUCGUUGGCAAUGAUGUGUAUGUUCACGAUAACGCGACAAUCCAAUCGUCGCACUUGUGGGACAAUGUCGAGGUGGGUGCAAAUGCUACCAUUAUUGAAUCGAUUGUUUCCCAAGAUUGUGUCAUUGGGGAAGGAGCUUUGGUAAAAAGGGGAUGCGUUUUGGGUAAGGGAGUUGUGAUUGGCAAGGGUGCGAUUGUGCCGGAGUUUACUCGGAUCACCUUGCAAGAGGAUGAUGAAGAAGACGAAUUUGGAGACGACGGUGACUGGGGUGAUGAUACUAAUAUCAACAAUGGCAAGGAAACGGACCAUGCCCAAAGCACCGAUGCUGGCCAAGGAAAUGACGAGUCUCCCCAAACUGCCGUUAACGUGGUCGGUAAGGAUGGUUCUGGACAUGUGUGGGUUUAUACCCAUGACGAGGAUGAUGAAUCAGACGACGAGGAGGACUUGGUUGUCACCAGUACCGACACGAUGAAGAUGCAAAGUAUUGGAUACGAUCCAUCAUUGUAUUGGAGCAAGAGAGAAGAGUAUCAAGCCGAACCAGAAGACGACGGCCUCUCCCAAGGUGGCGGACCUACAGAAGAUGAGCAAAUGGAUGCACAUGCCUUUUCCAUGAUGACCGACGAUGCCUUUACUUUUGAAGAUAUACCAACUGCAACGACUGCAACACCUGUUGUCUUUGGUCGACAAAAGGGUGUCGAUGUUGUCAAGGAGAUGAAGGAAAUCUGUCUCGAAUUUGAAGAAACAUCUCCCAUGGAGAACCUGGCCAUUGAGCUCAACUCGUAUAAAUUCAGUCAGAAUGCAGCCUAUUCUGAUUGUACCAGAGCAUCGACCUUGGCCAUGGUGGAUCGUCUGGAGAUUACUGCUGAUAUGAAGGAUGGAAAACUGGUAUCAUCGCUCAAGGCUCGUUUGGAAUUCUGGGGUCCUUUGUUGCAGAAAAUGAGUAUUGGAAUCGAGGAGGAAAAGUCUAUCCUGUACGGGCUGGAACAAGUCGCAAUUCAAGAGAAUAGUCCUGUUGCUACCAAACUGAGCUCUGGGCUUUCCUUCCGUUUCGUGUUGCAAACUUUGCAUGACGAAGAGGUCUUGUCAGAAGAAGCGAUCCUCUCAUGGGCUGCCGAACGCAAGGAGGAACCAAAGGACAGUGCAGUGGGAAACCUAUUUCAAUUGAAAUCCAUUCAAGAAUUUUUGGAAUGGUUGGAGGAAGAAGAUGAGGAAGAUAGUGAUGACGACAGCGACGAAAGCGGUAGUGCCAGUGGCCUUACAGAUGACGACGCUGAACAUAGCGCAUAA